AUGUGGAAUGAUAUUGAACUUCUUGCAAAUGAUGACACAGGGAGCUGCCCUGUGGGUUUAGGACACGAAUGUGGAACUGCAUUGUACCAAGUGGAUACGCUACUUCAAAUAAGAUCUUCAGAAACGGUCUCUGUUAAUCCGCAAUUGUACGCAUGCAACUCAAAGGAUGGCAGCAUUAUUGUUGUUGACAGAUCAGUGGCACUUCUUGAUAACAGUGGGCAGUCUCUUCAGAUGCACGUUCAGUUUGAUACUAAUGUGGACGUAGUUGGUAUGUGUCAAGAAAAACAAUUUCUUGUGGUCGGUGAGAGAAGUGGCAAUUUCCAUCUUAUUCACAUUCCAUCAAAACAAACCUUGCUAACUAAGAUUUUGGUUGAAAAAUCUUCAAGUGAAAAGACUUACUUAAGUCUCUUUAUUGAAAAAGAUAAUGCAGAUGCAGGUAUUUAUCAUAUGUUCAUUCUCACAAGCAAUGGAUUCUUCUGCAUUAUGUGUCUCCCACUUGCUAAAACACAGGAAGCAAUUGACAAGAUGGAUAUGACUACGGCAAAGAAAUUACAAGGACAGAUAAAGACAGCUUUCAUUUCCACAGAAGAGUAUCACAACCUCGGCUGUCAGAAUUUCGUGAUAAGUAACUCAGUGAACAAAAUCCAUUUGAUAGUUGGGGGUAGAGGCAAUUACGUACUCUCCAAAUGGGAGGUAGACACUACCAAUAACCUGGUGUCUGUUCAAAGUUUUGCUGAUUCAAGUCUAAUCAAAGAUGCAGCCAAACUUCAAGUUCUUGACAAUCUGCUUUUUGUUUUAGAUACAGAGAAUAUCUUAAGCAUGUGGAAUGUUUAUUCUCUUACUCUAAUUUGGGAUUGGCCUUUAAUACAUAUUGAAGAAUUCCUUCUAAGUACAGAGUCAGAUUCUCCUCCAGUCAUAUGGCAAGGGCUUGCCAAUGUUAAACUGAUAGUCAUGACAAUACCGGAUGACAAACAGAUGAGAAGUCUAAUGGUUUUUGCGUUGCCCACUAUGCAACCACUCUAUUCUUUGGAAGUAUCUGUUGUUUCUUCACUUGUUCAAAGUGGGAUUGGCACAGAUACAAUAUACUUCUUGGAAGGAAUUAAUGAAAAAGAUCAGAUACCCUCUGAAGGCCCAGUUUCCAUUGUUGUGAUGAGAAGUUUAACUGAAGCCUUGCCAGAGAACAGACUAAGCCGCUUGCUUCACAAACACAAAUUCACUGAAGCAGAGAAUUUUGCUAUUCAGUUUGGACUAGAUGUUGAGCUUGUAUACAAAGUAAAAGCAAACACUAUUUUAGAGAAACUAGCUUCAGCUUCUGUUGGGAGUUAUGGUAAUGAAGUCUGGCUGGAUCUUGUGAAUGAAGCCAAAGAAAAUUUGCAAAAAAUUCAGGAUAGCCAAUUUGUUGUGGAUUACUGCAUAAACGCUCCAUGGCCACUGUAUGAAACUACUCAAGAAAUGUUGCAGUACGCUAAAGUCAGAAUCUUGAAGAAAGAUGAUAGAACCAUUGCUCCACCAUCUGAUGGGGCUCCGGUAUCCAUAACUGAGGUAUUGAGAGCUCAGGCAAGGCUGACGACUUUCUAUGGAGUUUUUGGACUAGAGAAAUUCAGCGGUAUUGCUUGGACAGAAUUCUUGAAUAACGAUGAUAUUUUCAAGAAUAUCCUUUUUCAGCUAGAAGAAGGAAAUUUCUCUUGUGCACAGUACCUUUGGCUUAGGCAUCAGGCAGAUUUUGAAAGUGGCUUUGAUGAGAAAAUGCUGGAGAACUUGCUAAAUGCUAUCCAUUUCACUGUUCCUUUGAAGGAACUAUGUUUGUGGCUUAAAAAUGUUGUGAUCCCUUUCUUAAGAAGAGUUGUGCCAAAGGGACAGAAAAUAUUAGCAAAAUGGCUGGAACAAGGUGCUCGAAACCUUGAAUUAACUGAUAAGGCAAAUUGGCCAGAAAAUGGACUCCAAAUGGCAGAGAUUUUUUUUACGAGUAAAAAUCAAGGUGAAAUGGGACUGACAACUUUUGGCCAGUGGACUCCUUUGAGAUGUGGUGACGGUGAAGAGGUACAUAGGUUAAAGAAGCUGGUAAACGAUUUACAAGAACUGAUAAAUCUGUACAGAAAAUACAACUGCAGGCUGGCACUCUGUGAUUUUGAAAAGGAAAAUGCAACUACUAUUGUGUUUCGCAUGUUUGAUAAAAUUUUGGCACCAGAGCUUGUCCCAUCCAUUUUGGAGAAGUUUAUAAAACCCUACCUGGGUGAACAUAAUCUACAGAAAGAUGAACUUCUUCUACAGUAUAUAAAGGAUUUGCUAGAGCGCUGUCGUACAAGGUCUACUUCAGUAUUUGAAACUGCAUGGGAGGCAAAGGCAAUAGCGGUCAUUGGCUGUAUCUCCGAUACAGAUCUGAAAUUUGAUGCAGUUCUGCAGAUAAUGCAUGGUGCUAUGGUACCAUGGAGUGCAGCAGUGGAGCAGCUGGUAAAACAGCAUCUGGAAAUGAAUCAUGUCAAAGUAAAGUUACUGCAGGAAAGUUACCGACUAAUGGAGAUGAAGAAGCUUUUGCGAGCCUAUGGGAUAAGAGAUACUAAUCUUUUAAAGAACAAGCAGAUGAUAAUGAGGCUAGUGAAAUACGUUCUUAAACAAGAUACCCCUACUUCUUUGGAGGAUGCUUUGAAAAUUGUAACAGCAUAUAUGUUGCCCACUGUGGAAGUCUACAUUCUGAGGAUGAUAGACCUAAUUGACAAAGAAAGGGGAGAGGAAUCUCUGACUUUGCUAAAAUCUCUCAGUCCUGUGGAAGCUGAGAAAGUUGCAGAGAGAUUGACUGUAUGGGGAAGACUGGUGUUACAGAAUAAAGCAGAAAAUUCUGAAGAGCACAAAACACAAAUGUUUAUGACUAAGACACUCGUGGAAAUCCUUAAAUUCCUGUUCAGCAUUCAAAAAGACAAUCCUCUGAAGAAAGAUGAAUGUGAAGCAAACCUCAAAAUGUUUGAAACACUUGCUACUCUGCAGGAAGAUUUUGAUAUCUUUCUUUCAGUUGAAGAACUUGGGAAUCCUUCACUGAUGUCCAGACUUCUUGAGAAGCACAUAAAAGCUUAUGAAACUGUCAGAUCUCUGUCAAAGUCUAGAAAAGCGCAAACAAUGAACUGUAAUUCAGAAGAUGGUAAAGCCAAGAACCAUUCUACUGAAUCAAGGUUGUACAGACUGGCUUUGCUCCUGCAAAGGUCAGAGCAAGAACUGGGAGAAAAACUGGCUUUGAGAGCACUAGAUGCUGGAAAAGUUGAAGAUGCUGUAAAAAUAUGCAGGGAGUUCUAUGAAAAUCACUGCAAUGAAGAAACAGGGAAGCUGCUGUUCUCAGCAUGUCAAAGGCUUUGUCAUAUGUUGGGAGCUGAUGAUCCAAUGAUCACUCCUAAUGAUAUGAAUCUUCCAGCAGUGAUCUAUGAAAUGGCUUGCCAAGCAGCUACAGUAUGUAGUCCAGAUUUACUAUUAGAUUCUCUGGAACUAUGUAAAUAUACUUUGGCUGCCAAGGACAUUUACAGACAGUGCCAAAUAGAAAACUAUGGAUUUACAGCAAAGACAACACCUUUUGGAGGAGAUAAAGAUCCUUAUGAAGAGUGGACUUAUGACGACUUCUUUAAUGAAGAUGGGAUAGUUCUGGAUCCACAGAUAGCUCUUCCAGUUGCAUAUGAAACUAUUUCUUCUCUUCUGCCUGUUUGUGAGAACAAGCUGUAUCCUUUGGAGUCUACAAGCCUGGCAAACUGCGCAUUUAUUAAAGGACAGAAUCUCCUGCUGCCAGCUAGAACUCCCAUCUGUGCCGUGCUACAGAACCUCAUGGAGUGCAGUCAGUGCGAGUUAGCUCUGCGGCUCAUCGUCUGUUCAUUUGGGUCCUGUCUUCAGCAUGGCAUAUCGAAUAACAUGGAUUUGGCCCUGAGUGAAAAGCUCCAUGAUGCCAAUAUGCUAGCUGAAACCAAAAGCUUUCUCGCUGCUAUGAAACAGAAGUGUACUUCAGUAAUUACGACCACUAUCCUGACCUUACUGCACAAG